AUGAAUUUAUUCAAUAUUGAUAACUCUUUAGCAACCCCUUACUCAUUUCAAUCUAACACAACGAGUGUCUUUAUUGAUAAUGAUUGGCUUGCCAAAUAAUUGGAAAAUGUGCAAUAAAUUGACUACUAAAACUAUAAUUUACCAAGCAACACAGACAUUUCAGAGUUUGUACUACAAUAAUCCGUUGGAGAAAGUCCUUUUAUUUAAUAGUAAAAACGAGAUCCUGUUGAUUUUUCAUUAAUAAAACUUGAAAAAUUAGAAGAAGCUCAAUAAAUUAAUUAUACACCAAAAAAACAAUAUACAUCAGCAACCAGAAAAUAAAAUUAUAAAAAAUGCAAAACCACUACAACUGGUUUUGCAAUUGAUGAGAAUGAUGCAAAUAAAAAUGAUUCAGAUACCUUGAGGAAAAUAAAAUCUUCUUAAGUUUAAAAAAAAUCAGAAUUUACAAAAUAAUUAAAUAUCUAUUAAUAGAAUUUUUCAAUCCAAAUUCAGGUCAAAUACUUUGGAACACAAUAUUAAUAAAUUAUUUCUGUUGAUGAAUCCAUCAGAGCUGCUGAAUUUAUUGUAUUAGCUUUGAAAAGAUUUGCCUCUGAUCCUAAAAGUGACAAGUCUAAAUUCGAAUAUUAGAAUUUUAGCUUAGCAUAUAAAUUGGUUGGUUAAGACUUAAGUCCAACAAAAUACACAUAUAAUAAUGACGAGAAUUUUGAUAAUGACAGCAUAAUAUUAGAGGAAGAAUCUUUAGAAAGGCCGGAAAUAGAUCUUGAAUCUCAAUUGUUUUAUAAAAUGGUAGAGUUAUUGCCUACUACUACUAAUUUUGGAUUAGAUUUUUAAACUAUAAAGCAAACAUUUAUAUCUAAUCCUGAAUCAAUUAUUUUAUUAAUAGAGGACCCUCAAUCACUUAUCUUUUAUCAUAUUAAAGUAAAUAAAAAAGGAACUUUGGGAGAUUGUUUAGUAGAAUUGAAUAGAAAAGUUAGUAAAAAGUAUUUAAAAAAUGAUUUCUACCUAAGUCUGAAAUUUUCAUGUGUAAAUUACGAUUUUGGGGAAUUAAAUGAAAAAUUUCCUAUUAACUAAUUACCCAUUCAUUGGUUAGUUAUUAUUUAAAAAGCAAGAAAUAAUCUUCUAGACUCCUAAGAAGAGGUAUCAAUGGCAAAUAUUGGGAGAACAUUAAAUAAUACAAUUCAUGAGAACAUGAGAGGCUCAAAUUCAUGUGGCUUCUUAUCUAUAAACUUUAUGUAAUUGGCAACUGUAGAGAAGUUGCCUUUAUUAUAUAGUUAUUAAGAAUUUAACUUGAUAAGGGCAUAUAAAGAGUAGUUAAUUGAUGUCAUUUUAGGCAUAGAUUACUUUGAUCUUUAUUAUACAUUUAAUUAAAAACAAGCAAAAAAAGUUGGAAUUACCAAGCUUGUAUCCAAUCUAAUUAAGUCAUUGUUUGUUCAAGAGACAGAGAAAAAGAAAUACAAAAGAAUUCCAAUAAAUGCUAUUACUGAUUUAAAGCAACAAGAAGAAAAAUAUUUUGAAAUAUACUAUGAAUUAUAGGAUGGAUAUUAAAAAACAAUUAAAUUCUUUUCCAAAAAUGAUGACAAAAUUGUUUUUCGAGAUGCCUUCACUAAGUUAGAGUAUUUAGUGUCAAUAUAACAAAUUUGA